AUGCAUUUAUUCUAUUUCAUUUCAUAUAUAAUAUCAAUACUUCUAGUGUCGAUUAUUGCUUCGCCCCGACUAGAGCGGAUCACCACCAAAUAUUUAUCACCUCAGCAACAGCAACAACAACAACGACGGGAUCAAGCAUAUAAUCCUGCUACACCUACUAACAAUAUAUAUACAUCUGCAUCACUACAACCUCUAGCUGAACGAUCGUUAGACGAUUGGGAUUUAAAUAAUAUAAUAUUACUCAGUGAUAUUAAUGGCUCAUUACAUUGUGUUAAUCGUGAUGAUGGUAAUUUAAUUUGGUCGCUACCUAUAGAUGAACCGCUCGUCAAAAUUCAAUCCAACAUCAAAGACAAAUCAGCAGCACAUAAUAUUCUUUGGUUUGUUGAACCAUAUCAGGAUGGUACCCUAUAUUAUUUCACUCCUAAAUUUGGUUUAAAUAAAUUGCCCACCAGUAUCAAAGAUUUAGUUAUGGAAUCACCUUUCACAUUGAGUGGUGACGAUAAAAUAUACACUGGUACUAGAAAAACAUCAUUAUACAAUAUCAACAUUCACACGGGUGAAAUAAAGUCUUCCUUUGGUAAUACUGAUGAAUGCCCAAUACCGAGAUCGACGUUACCUCCAGAAACUGCGUUCAAUGCUGAUGAUACAAUAAUGAUUGGUAAGACAACUUAUGAAUUGUCGAUCCAUUCCAAAUCUAAUAGUGAUGUUAUGUGGAAUGUCACUUAUUCACAAUGGGUGCCUAACAAUAUCGAUAACGAUUUGAUUUUACAAAACCAACAAUCAUUAGACAAGAUAUAUUUCACACCAUUCCAUGAUCGUUCGUUAUUGGCUAUAAAUAAAGACAUUGGUACUCCUAUAUGGAUAAGCAAAUUACCAGGGUUACCCGUCAGUAUUUUUGAUGUUUUCAGCAAUAGUGCUAAAACAAAUGAUUAUUUGUUAUUGCCCCAUCCUUUGAAAGUGUUGAAUGAUUUGCAAUCGAAUGAUAUUAACCACCAAAGUAUGGUGUUUGUGAAUAAAACCCUGAGUACCAGUUCAAAUAGUCAAGAUCAUCUCAAUGAUCAAUGGGUGGCUAUGAGUUUCAGAAACUACCCAACAUUAAUCAAAAGUGCGCCCAUUUCAAAAUAUCAAGAAGUUUUAAAUAAAUAUUAUGCUGGCAUAAAUACUAAUACUAAUAAUAAUAAUGACAAAGAAUUUACAGUUGAUUACAUUGAGAAUUUCCAGAUUGUUAAUAAUUCAAAUGAAAAUAUUGAGAAUUUAAUUUCUGGUAUUCAUCGAGUGUUUGAAUUAUCACCGGAAAACUCGUAUCAACCAUUUGAAAGAUUCCAUUCUCCUUUAGAUGAUAUUAAAAGAAUUGGGGAUGGAUCCGGUAAUGAUGACAAAGACGAACAAUCAUCAGCAGAAAGAACGAAAAACAAUGGCGGAGCUCCUGAUAUAAUAGGAGGAUUAAAAUUCCCAUCAAGAUUAUCAACUUUGACAUCAGAAAUUCUAUUAAUUGAACCUUCAAAGGACAAUCAAUUAGACCAACAACUGGGCAAUCUGCAUCAUAAUCAAGAUACACUGAAGCUUGAUAAUUCUAAUGUUACUAGUUCAGGAAUUAUGAGAAGAAUCAUUGAGGACAUCGCAGUAUUGAUGGUUUUAUUUGUGUUAUUAAUGACUUUUGGUAAAUCAAACAAUAUGGUGAAAAAAAUAUUUGGACAAUUUACAAAACAACAACAUGAAUUAGAUGAAGAAAAACAACUGCAACAAGAGAAAGAAAUAGUUGUUGAAGCGCCUGUGUCAUUGGUGUCUGAUCAGACAACCUUGAAUAUAGACAGCAAGCCAGUUGACAAGAUUGAAGAAAUUAACGAAAAAAUAACUGAUGUCAUUGAAGUUAAACAAGAUGACGAUAAUGAUACUUUAGUUGUUGAUACGAAAACCAAGUCGCUGUCUCCGGAAACUGAUACUGAAACUGAAACUAACACCAAAAACACGAAAAAGUCGAAAAAAGUUGUAAUUGUUGAACCAGAAACUGACCUUGAGUCUGAACCAGACCAACAAACUGAAACUGAUACCGCUACCAUCACUGAAAUUAAUGAAGAGACAACACCAAAGAAGAAACGGAAAAGAGGUAGUCGUGGAGGAAGACGAGGUGGGGCACGUAAGAAUAAUAAACAGAAAACUAAUGGAGAUGAGGAUCAAGAAGAUCAACAGCAGAAUGACGAAUCAGUUGUUGACGAAGAGAUUAUCCCUACUAAGAGUUUAAUCCCACCUAGUUCAUUACCUGCUAUUAAAUCGAGAAAGAAACUUCAAAUUGAGAAUAAUCUUGUUAUAUCUGAUAAAAUUCUUGGUUAUGGUUCACAUGGUACAGUUGUUUUCCAAGGUACAUUUGAGAAUCGACCAGUAGCAGUUAAAAGAAUGUUACUUGAUUUUUAUGAUAUCGCCAAUCAUGAAGUUCGAUUAUUACAAGAAUCAGAUGAUCAUCCUAAUGUUGUUCGUUAUUUUUGUUCACAAAGUUCUGAAUCAGAGAAGUUUUUAUACAUUGCAUUAGAAUUGUGUCUUUGUACAUUAGAAGACAUUAUAGAAAAGCCUCAAAAUAUGCCUAAUUUAUGUAUCCCCAAAAGGAAUGAUAUUUUAUAUCAAUUGACAAGUGGAUUACAUUAUUUGCAUUCAUUAAAAAUUGUGCAUCGUGAUAUUAAGCCACAAAAUAUUUUGGUGGCCAAUAUCAAAAAGAAUGGUAAACGGAAAAAUCAAAUUACUGAGAUUGAUGAAACUUGUGAGAAUAAUGUUCGUUUAUUGAUAUCGGAUUUUGGGUUAUGUAAGAAAUUAGAAAAUGAUCAAUCUUCAUUUAGAGCAACUACACAAAAUGCUGCUCUGGGGACAUCAGGUUGGAGAGCACCAGAAUUAUUAUUAAACCAUGAUUUAUGGGAAAUAUCUGCUGAUUCAAUAUCAUCAAUCCAUUCAAAUAGUAAUAGCAAUGGCAAUGGCAAUGGCAAUGGUGCUACCAAUGGUAGUGUAUCUAAUUCUGCCACAUCUGGUAAACGAUUGACUAAAGCUAUCGAUAUAUUUUCUUUGGGAUGUGUAUUUUAUUAUAUUUUAACUGGUGGUUAUCAUCCAUUUGGUGAUAGAUAUUUACGUGAAGGUAAUAUUAUCAAGGGAGAAUAUGAUUUAUCAUUAUUAAUGGAGAAAUGUCCUAAUGAUCGAUAUGAAUCAAUUGAUUUGAUUUCGAAAAUUAUUAGUCAUGAUCCUAGUCAACGUCCUAAUACGGGGAAAAUUUUAAAGCAUCCAUUAUUUUGGUCAUUUUCGAAAAGAUUAGAAUUUUUAUUAAAAGUUAGUGAUCGAUUUGAAAUUGAGAAAAGAGAUCCACCAAGUCCAUUAUUAUUAAAAUUGGAAGAACAUGCUAAAGCGGUUCAUAAUGGUAAUUGGCAUAAAUUAUUAAAUGAUGAUGAAUUUAUGGAUAAUUUAGGGAAAUAUCGGAAAUAUAGUCCGGAAAAAUUGAUGGAUUUAUUACGAGCCAUGAGAAAUAAAUAUCAUCAUUAUAACGAUAUGCCAGAAAGUUUACAAUUGAAAAUGGCACCAUUACCUGAUGGGUUUUAUAAAUAUUUUAAUGAUAAAUUUCCUAAAUUAUUAAUGGAAAUAUAUUAUGUUGUUGAAGAAAAUUUCAGAAAUGAACAUGUUUUCAAAGAAUAUUAUUAG